UCGGUGCAUAUAACCGAAAAAAAGAAGCUCAAUCAAGAUAUUGAAGAGCUAAAGAAAGCCCAUUCUGCCGAAAAAGAUCAACUGGCGGCCAAAAUUGCGGAAUUAAAGGAAGUGCAUUCGAAAGCUCAGGAUAAACUCAAGGCCCGUAUUGAUGAACUUGAGCAGCAAAAUUCGGUCGUGUCUUCGACUAGAGAUAAGGAGCUCAAGGCCCGGAUCGAAGAGCUUGAAAAAGAUGCAGACUCAACUCAAAGAAGCUCGGGACCGCGAGGAACGGCUGCAAGAGGAAAACCACAAGCAAGAAACUGAGUUGCAAGGUUGUCAUAGGGGCCGCAACGUGCAGGAUGAGAAGAUCCAGGAUCUUAGAGACCAAUUGAACGAGGCUCGGGCCAGAGAAAAGCCUCUGAAGGACGAGAACAGACGCCUUGAAGAUGAGGUUGCCGACCUCAAGAGGCAGCUCGAUGAAAUGGCAACCAAAGGUAAUGGUCCAGCAAACAGCCCAGGUAGCGGAUCAACCAAUGGACCAGGUAGUGAAUUAGGUAACGGUCCUGGUAGCGGCUCUGAUAAUGGUUCAGGCAGCGGGCCGGGCAGCGGAUCAGGCAAUGAAGAAUCUGACGGUACUAGUGACGGCUCAGGUAACGGGAACUACCAGUUCGACACUGUCAAGCUACUUCGAGAGCUUAAGGAGGCCAAGGCGACCAACGGGGAGUUAAGCGAAGAGAGCGAAGAACUCCUGGCCCACUGGAUGGCUAGAGUUGCCGACGAACAUAACCUCCUGGAGUUCUACGCGGCCGUGGCCGACGUGCGACGAGAUAUGGGCAAGUUAAGGAGGCGGGUGGUCGCCUUCUACAACAGCCUCGGGAACGACGACACGGCCAUAAGGGCGGAAGACGCGCUUGCCAAUCUGGAGAAGCAGAUCGGGGAUCAACCCGGAGAAGCGCUCGGCGCCCGUCUGUGGGGCCUCAAGCUUGUGGCCGAGAAGCAAAUGCUCGAGACCCAGCUGAUGACGCAGGUUGUCAGGAAUGACACCCUGAACGUGAAGCUGGAAAUGGCGAAAUCCGACGAACAGAUCGACAUGGAGGUGCGCAAGGAUUACGGUAUCUACAACGAAGCCGAGAUCAGCAAACGGGUCGACUCAGAGACCCAGAGCUUCCGGGUGCAUCGUCGUGAAUUGUUGAGUAGGAUAUUUGACUGCGCUAACAGGUUUGACGUGAUCGCUCUUCAAUGCCCUCACCAACCAACCCAAGAGGCUAUCAGGGCUGCGUCUGACGAGUACUUGUCUCCUCUUAACUUGCCCAGGCCGACGUUCCAAGAGGCGCGCUAAUUGGUACGGGAGUAGCGUCUGAAAGGUUUCUGUUGAUGUCGUGAGAGAUGGUAGUCCUCGCUACGCGGUCUUAAUGCGGAGCGGUCAAUAGCUGAUACAUCACAAAGCGGCCGAGUGACACCUAUAGUUAGGUAGGUAGGGUCGGGGAAAAGAGGGUACUUUGUAGUCCACAUAGCUAGGCGUUUGGGUGUGGUGAUCUUCAGUCUUCAUAGUGUUUCUUUUAUCGGUUUACUCGUAAGUUUCGGUUUGAUUAGUAGAUGGUUAUCUAGGUAAUGCAUUAAUGAAAUAUUUCAUGUAUAGUUUGCA